GGGGAAAAAAAAAAAGAAAAAAAAAUAUAUAAAAGGAACAAAAAUAAAAGAUAGGAAAAUAAAAAAAAUAAAGAGAUAUUUAAUCAAGCGGGCAUCUAUAUUGAUUGACUUUUGUUGCUACUUUAUAAGAGUAGUAUAUAUAUAACUAAUAAAGUGGCCUACGUGAGAUUUCGAAGAAACAUUGUGACUUUGGUCGUGUCGAGAAUUUGUUUUGGUAACACUGCCCGGCAGGAAAAUGGCGAGGGAAUGGCGUUGGGCAAGUAAUAUCUAUGAAAAGUUCAUUGUAAUUUCGAUUACUCGUCUGUGACAUGUAAAUAAUGAAGAAGAACUGAUUUAUAUAUCGACGUAAGAAUCGUAUCGAUAUUUGUGAAUUAAAGAACUUCUAGUAUUCGAUGAGUUUUCGAUGAUACGUUUCUGACAGCAUGUCCACAAUGGCCGAUGACUCUACUUCGCUGCCAAAAAGGCGUCAAUUGAGAGAGAGAACGAAAAAGUUGUAUUCGGAUGAUUGGGCUAUUGGCGAUGAAGAAAUUGAAGGACGUAGAACUUUCCAGCUUGAUGAAAAGAUAGAAUGCGAUAGAUAUGAUCUAAGUCAUUUUAAUGGAUUAUUCCGUGAAAUGAAUGGAUCAGAACUGAAUCUUGCUUAUCUACAAAAGCAUGGUCUUGGUAUACCAUUAUUAUUUAGAGAUAAAUCUGGAUUAGGAUUGAGAGUACCUAGUUCCAACUUUACCGUCAAUGAUGUUAGAACUUGCGUUGGUUCUAAAAGGAUAUUAGAUGUAAUGGACGUCAAUACGCAAAAGAAUGAGGAUAUGACAAUGAAGGAAUGGCAAAAAUAUUAUGAGGAUCAGAAUAAGGAACGUUUGUUGAAUGUUAUAUCAUUGGAAUUUAGUCAUACUAAAUUGGAAAAUUAUGUACAAUCACCGAGUCUUGUUCGUCAGGUUGAUUGGGUUGAUGUUGUAUGGCCAAGACAUUUAAAAGAAGCCCAAGUAGAAUCUACAAAUCUUUUGGAAGAUAUGAUGUAUCCUAAAGUACAGAAAUAUUGUUUAAUGUCCGUGAAAGGAUGUUAUACGGAUUUUCACGUUGACUUUGGCGGUACCAGUGUAUGGUAUCAUAUAUUAAGAGGUGGAAAAAUCUUUUGGUUAAUACCACCCACCGAAAAGAAUUUGGCAUUGUAUCAGGAAUGGGUAUUAAGUGGUAAACAGUCAGAUGUAUUUUUUGGUGAUAUGGUUGAUAGAUGCGGUAGAAUAAGUUUAACCGCAGGAAUGACAUUGUUUAUACCAACCGGAUGGAUACAUGCGGUUUAUACGCCUCAAGAUUCUUUGGUAUUUGGUGGUAAUUUUCUUCAUAGUUUUGGUAUUGAAAAACAAUUGAAAGUUGCCCAAGUUGAGGAACAUACAAAAGUGCCUCAGAAAUUUCGCUAUCCAUUUUUUACAGAAAUGUUAUGGUACGUUCUAGAAAGAUACGUACACGUUCUGUUGGGUAGAAGUCAUUUAGAUAUAUCGGAAUCUCAAAGGCAACAUUUAGUUCCUCAACAUCUUCAACAUGUCCAUCUUACGCCAUACGAAUUACAUGGUUUAAAAGCCAUAGUAAUGUACCUGCACUCAUUGCCCUCUACUAAAAAGAAUGUGCCUGAUUUAAUACACGAUCCUGUUGCCCUAAUUCAUGACGUUAGAUGUUUGGUAGAGCAACACAGACAUGACAGUCCAGAAGCAGCUGUAACUGGUAAUCCAGUAUUACCACCACCGCCAGCAUUGACUAUAGCAGAAGGAGAACGCAUGAGAAUAACAAAGAAAACAUUCGUGAAAAUACAAAGGCAUCAUUCGCAAGAGAAAUCUGAAAGAGCAUUUCCAAGAAGAAGACGUACUAGAUGCAAGAAGUGUGAAGCAUGUACAAGAACAGACUGCGGUGAAUGUAUGUACUGUCAAGAUAUGGUCAAAUUUGGUGGUAGUGGACGUGCAAAGCAAACAUGCUUGAUGAGACAGUGCCUUAGGCCCAUGCUACCAGUUACCGCAGCUUGUAAAGUAUGCCAAUUGGAUGGUUGGGGUCAACAACCUGCUCCAUUAAUGGGUAAACCUACACCGACAGCACCAUCGAGAUUAGUUGAAUGUUCUGUGUGUUUUGAUAUUGUCCAUCCAGAAUGUAUAGGAUUGGAUCCUCAAAGAAUAACUGUUAGUGAUGAUCUACCGAAUAGUUGGGAGUGUCCUGAAUGUUGUGAAAGUGGUAGAAAUUUAGAUUACAGGCCACGACAGCCAAAAGCACGUGCUCGUAAACUUUCAGCAUCUAGUGCUGCAUCUUCAACACCUACAACAGAUUCUGAAAGAGCGACAACCCCAAGUAAACGAUCAAGACUUGAUCCGAAUGAAACAUGGAAUGAUAGGGAACCAGCUGAAGGUGAACAAAGGACUGCUUUGCGUACACAAUUAGCAGUACAAUUAACUGGUUCAAGUAGUAAAUCAUUGAAGAGGCCUCAUGUGGUAGUUAGACCCAUUUCGUUACCCCCUGUACAAAGAUCUGGGUCAGACUUUAAUGGACAAUCGUUAGCAUAUGAUAAAACGGCUAUUCUAGCUGUAUUUAGAUUUUUGAAUGCAAAAGACUUGGCCAAUUGUGCCCUUGUUUGUCGUACAUGGGCAAAGUAUAGUAUAGAUCCAAGCUUAUGGAGAAAACUUGAUAUGUCACAUUCACAUUUAACUGCCUCACAUUUAACUGGUAUAGCAAGAAGACAACCAGAGAGUUUAUCCCUUGAUUGGACUAAUGUAACAAAGAGACAGCUUGCUUGGCUAUUAGGUAGAUUACCACAACUUCGUACUUUGUCGUUACAAGGUUGCACGUGGACAGGUGUUUGCGCUUUAAGAACUUGUAGCUGUCCUCCACUUGUUACUCUUGAUUUGAGUCAUGUUUCUGGAUUAAACGAUUCCAGUUUAAGAGAGGUUCUCAGUUCUCCAACAGAUUCAAGACCAGGUUUAAUCGACAAAACAUCCAGGCUUAAACAUUUGAAAAACUUAUCAUUGGCAGGAUGCGACAUAACAGAUAUAGCAUUAAGAUAUAUCGUUCAACAUUUGCCUUAUAUUGAAACAUUGGAUUUGUCUUCUUGUGGAAGAGUUACCGAUGCUGGUGUAGCACAAUUGGCAACACCACCUGCACAAGCUGUCACUAAUUUGGCAUCAUUGAAUUUAUCCAAUUGCAGGCUACUUACAGAGAUAACGUUAGAUCAUCUUGCGAGGUGUAAAGUGCUUAAACGUUUGGACUUAAGACAUACCACGCAAGUGUCAACGCAAUCGGUUAUAAAGUUUGCUGCUAAAAGUAUUCACAAUUUGCAUGUGACCGAUGUUAAAUUAGUAGAAGAGAAAAAGAUUAAAUCGGAAGUUACGUGAAAGGAACGUGCCAAAAUAUUAUGGUAUGGUAUGUUUUAAAUCGGUGCAAUUAUGUCACAGAUAUAAAUCAAUGGAUGGAUAAAAUAAUAUACAACAAAGUAUGAUAAGUGAUUGGGCAAUCUUUCAGUGAAAAAUAACUAUCAACCGGUUUAUUUAUUUAUAUAUGGGAAAAAAAAAAAAAAAAAAAAAAAAGAAAAGAAAAAAAAAAGUUCAGUCAUAGAACUCUUAUGUUUGCUUGUAUUAAAUUUAAUCUAAAUAAUGUGAAACAAGAGAGAGAGAGAGAGAGAGAGAGAGAGAGAGAGAGAGAGAGAGAGAGAGAGAGAGAGAGAGAGAGAGAGAGAGAGAGAGAGGGAGGGGGAGAGAGAGAGAGAGAGUGAAAGAAGUCAAUUCGAUAAUAGAUAAUAAUUGUCUUAUCGAUCGGCUUUUAAUGAGAAAUUAAUUCUGAGUAAAAUAGAUUCAUCGUUGAAAACAAAUUAA